AUGGCGGCGGCACGUAUUCAAGUGACAAUUUGUCGACGACCUUUGCUGUUACUUACAUUGAUAAUAAUUGCUAUUUUUGUUUUCCGUGCUUUUCUUAAUGUUCGUUUUGGUGAUGGGUCUAGAAAUAGAUCCGGUGAAAUUAGCAUGCUGACUCUAAACAUUUGGUAUUCAAGCGAAAAGAUGCAAGAAAGGAUGGAAGCAGUGGGAGAGUUAGUUCAAGAUCUCGAUCCAGAUUUCCUUAUAUUUCAAGAAGUUGCUCAACACAAUCUUCUACUUUUGGAGAAGCAAGGCUGGUUUUCUCGAUAUUACUUGAUUCCACCGAAAGCUGACACACUGAAGCGCAUCGAGGUGGGGAAAAGCUGUGCAGUUAUUUUAAGUAGGUAUGUUGUGAACAACUGGCAACAGCACGCGUUUAACAGUUUCGGUAAAUAUCGCCGUGCAUUUGUAGCUGGAGAAUUUGAUGAUGUCGUCCCAUCGAUCAAAACUAAAUUAGUAGUUGCAGGUACGCACUUGUCACACGAUGUACCAAGAUCAAGGAUUCGAGAAGAACAGUUAAAAGAAGCUCUUCAAAUCCUCAACCCUUACAAAAAUGUUUGCUUCAUGGGUGAUUUGAACAUUUUGGAUGAAGUUGAUGGGGAGGUUGUGCUACCGUCGCCAUGGUUUGACGCUUGGCUUUCUCUCCCUGGAAAUACUCACAGCAGUGGAUACACUUUUGCUCACAACACUUCUCCUUUUGCUUCCGUUAGAAAAAGAAAUGGAACUAGUAAAGGACGUCUUGAUCGCAUUCUUUGCAAAUUUUCAGACUUUGAAGUUAAAGAAAUGAAAGUUGUUGGUAAUAAGCUUACCAAAUCUGGUAUUUUACCCAGUGAUCAUUUUGGAGUAUUUGCUAUCAUCAAGCCAACAACAAGAACUAACAGGCGGAGGAAAGUUUCUCAAACUGAGAGUGAAGAAGUUUACUUUAAGAGACCACUGGGUUUGGGAAAAGUUAUAAAUCCAAAAGACAUGUAGGCUGUCUACCAUUACAUGGGCAAAUCAGUUGGUUUAUGACUUGGGUAAAUGGUAAGCAAAAUUCAGGAGCGGUAAAUUUCUUCCCGGAAUCGCGUUGACCUUUUGUACAAAUCAGUUCCAUUUACUGAAAACUGGCAGCGAAGGCCUGAAAGUGGUAUCAAAGUUGGCUUCAAAGAAAUGGAACACCAGUUUCCAUUUGGAACAUUCCGUCCGGAAAAACAGGACUUGCUUUUAAGAAGUUCAGUUGCUCUUGGAGAUUUUCCGCUGGAACGACUCAAAAAGUUGUGUUACAUUUACUACAACUUCCAACCGAAUUUUCAGGAAACGUUUUGUAAGUGGUAAACAACUGAGGUUACAACCCUUGAGUAGGAGGUUACAGUACUUCCAUAUUGGUGCUACCAAGAGUUUGUGCGAUUUUCUUCAUCCAGAAAUAGCUGCUGGAAUUCUUCAGUGGCAUCUAUCCCAGAAAAUACCUGAGAGAGACCACCCUCAAAAUUUCCAAAGCAUUCAAACUUUUUCCCAUCCCUCUCACUUGCAUGUCUAG